ACAGUACAUAUAUAUUUAUACGCUACUGCGAAGCCGCGCGUGGGAGGAGAAUCUAACGAGCCACCCCCAGGAGCUAAAGCGAACAGAUAGUGUACAAAGCAGCGCACAAAGGAGAACAGAAAGGAUAACACAAUAUAAUCCUAAUAGAAUCAUAAUAAAAUCCUAAUAGAACCCUAAUCUAAUCCUAGUAUAAUCCUAGUAUAAUCCUAGUAUAGUCCUAGUAGAAUCUAGUAGAAUCCCUAUCGAAACCACCUGGAAGGAGAACAGCCAGCCCCACCCCCACGCGACAGAGCAAAGGCGAAACAUGGAAAUCAACAAGAGCAGCAACAAUGACCAAACAAAUUUGAUCAGCAAAAUAUGCGCCUACCUAGAUCCGCACAUGACUCAGAUAAUUCUGAGCUGGAUGAAGGAGAACAAGGUGCUGAACGAAGCCGAAAUCGAGCAGAGCCUGGGCCUGCUGAAGGAAGGGUGCGAAAAGGAAAUCGUGAACAUCGAAAACGAAUUCACCAACGGAAACAGGGGAGUGAUCGUGAACUGCCUGGAUAGCUUAGAAGUAGAAAUAGAGGAGUUCCAAGACGCCAUGAAUAUGUACAAAAACGAUCAGGUGAACAAAAUCGGAGGGACAGUAGAAAAAAAAAGCAUCAUGUCGUUAAGAGAAUGGUGUGGCGUAAACGUCCUCGAAAAAACCAAGACGUAUAAUUUUACGGACAAUAUAGAUGACAAAAUUUUAAAGCUAAGUAGAUAUUACUACCAGAAAAAAGACUACCAAAAGAGCAAGCAGCAUUUACUCCUCUACAUUUUGAACAUCUCAGAAAUAAUUAUUAACAUCUCGGAUUCUCCCAAAAUGAGACUCUGCUACUGGGGUAUCAUCAGCAACAUCAUCAACAGCUUCUUUGCCAACCUAAAUAAUGAUGAGUACAUGCUAGUAAAAACAGAAGAGGGGAAGCUAAUCGUAAGGGAGGAAAUUAUAAAUGAAAUAAACGUAUGCAUAGAAACUAUAGUCAAAUUAAGUCAAGUGCUAAAUAAAGAUAAGGUAGGUAGGAGUGAAAUCAUUUUGCAAAGAAGCUGGCUAAUUCAUUGGUCCCUCAUCUUGAUAUUCCAUUUCUUCAUGUACCUAAUAUACGUAAAAAGUAUCUACCCAAAAAAUAACUCCUUUUCUAUGCUACAAGACUGGUUUAUAGAUGAAAAAAAUUUGUCUAUAAUUAAUUUGAUAUGCCCUCAUAUUAUUAGAUACUAUUGUGUGUAUGCCAUAUUUUACCGUAAUAGGAAAGACCACUUUGAGCUUAUUCUGAACACUUUAAAUUUGUUGAAGCCGAAAUAUACAGACCCGUUUACUUCUUUAUUAAUAUCUAUUUUUACUGAGUACGAUUUUAAUAUGGCUCAAACGUGCAUUGCUCAAUUGGGGUCCAUUUGCGAAAAGGAUAUUUUCCUAUUUAAGUUAAAGCCCUUCAUAGAGGAACAGAGCCGAUACAUCAUCUUCGAAACGUACUGCCGCAUCCAUAAGUCAAUCAACAUAGACAUGAUUGCAAAUAAAGUUAACCUCCCCAGGGAUGAUGCGGAGAAGUGGGUUGUUAAUCUCAUUAGAAAUGCGAAACUGGAUGCCAAAAUUGAUAGUGAAAAAAACUGCAUCGAAAUUUCUACCACUUUACCCAAUUUAUACCAACAAGUUAUUGACAAAACGCAGAACUUAACCAUGCGAUCUAAUUUUCUUGUUCAAGUUUUGAAUCGAUCCUCCACAGAUGAGCACUUCCAGAAGAACAUUCGAUUUAAAAAUAAAAAUGAAAAGGGCAAGAACCCCAAGAGGGGGGGCGGAAAGCAGUACAACUCUUUGUACAGCCCCAAUAAGGGCGGCAUCAAGCUCGUCUCUGCAAAUAUGUAA